CGCCAAACUCGCUCUCUCCGAGUUUGCUACAACAACAAUUGCACGCAGUUUGCCAAACAAAAUUUCUGCAUAAUUACACCAACCUUAAACAUGACAGAGGGAGCAAUUAAAUUUGUUCAAUUUAUUGAAAAGAAUCCUUGCAUAUACAACACUUUGCAGUAAUAUUCCAGAAAGGACAUAACUGAAAAAGCUUGGGCAGCAAUAGCCCUGGAAAUGAACUGGUCAGUGGCUGAUUGCAAGGAAAAGUGGAAAAACAUGCGAAACGGUUUUGUUAGGAGUUUGAAACCAUCUCCAAGUGGCUCUUCUUCUAAAGCAAAGAAACCAUACUACUUGCACGACAUAAUGAGCUUUGUGUUGCCAUAUGUGAAACCUGUGCAACAUUUAGAGACCACCUGUAAUUUUAUAUUGCCAGAUUCUGAUGUCCAUCACUAUGACGAUGUGGAGUGCACCGAAAAUGAUGAAUUCCAUUGCGAUGAAAUGCCGCAAACCUCCAAGCAUUCACAAAAUACCCCGUCCAGUGUGGAAAAAAAGAAAAGGAAGAAAGUGGAAGAAAAGGAUGAGGUUGACGUCGCGAUGCUGAACUAUCUGCAAGAAAAAAACCUAAGAAAGACGGCCGAUAAUUCACGUAAAAUGUUCCUUUUGAGCUUGCUGCCGGAAGUAACGAGUCUUUCAGAUAAGCGUUUAAGACAGUUUAAAAUCCGUACAUUGCUCUUACUGGAGGAAUUGAUGUCUGCUCAGGAGCAAGAAGCUGCGAAUCAGCAAUUUGUUCCACGUGGAACAAUUCAAGUGAAUACGCCAGCUCCUUCGCCCAUUGAUCCAUUGUAUUUCUAGUACAACUUUUUAGCGGCUAUAAACGGCAUAAGCGGCAUUAAACGUGCAUCCAGUAGCUAGAUACCUGAAAGAAAAAAGCUACUUUGUUUAUAAACAAUAAUUUUUUCACCGUGGCUUAUUGUAAGGAGAUAUAAAACCAUCUCCAAUGGACUCUUCAGCGAAAGCAAAAAGCCUGUGACACAUACAGGCUGCAGAAGACGUGAGAAGUCUGGGCUCAAUGUGGUCGAGUUUAAGUUCCCGUGUUGUUGACCAUAUACAAACGUAGCUGCAUGAAAAAUAUCGUACGCGUCUAUGACGAUACGCUUUAUGUGCAGUGUACCUUAAGAUGUGCGGUCAUCUUCGUUUUGGUCAUUGUCCAUACUUAUACACUUAAAUUAUUAAAAUCCUUACUAAUAUUAUAAAUCCGAAAGUGAGUUUGUGUAUUUGUUACGCUUUAACUGCUCAAUCGAUUCCCAUUAAACUUUGUACACUGGUGCCAUUUAGACCAACUUAAAAUAUAGGAUAGAUUUACUGCGUUAUACUGAGUUUCGC